CAUUAGGUGAUGCCUAAAGCAAAAACCAAGUUGUCUUUCUUUUUUCCUUUUUGCUUUCUUCCUGUGUACUACUAGAAACUGAAACGUCGUUUCUUUAAAGGUUCCACUGAUUUGAAGUGGUGAUGCCAAACAGGACCUAAAAAAAAUGGCUUCUCUUUACUUAUUCAAAUCCAUUUUAUCUCCAAUUUCCCUUUCACACCCGAAUUUUCCUGGGAAAUUGGAUUCUAGGAAAGCGAUUUUCAGGUUGACAAGUUUUAGUACUGGGAGCUCGAGAAAAUACUUUCAGAGACCAAAGUUUAGUGUUAGAUGUUCAGUACAAGAAGAAGAUAAUCAAAGCAAUGGUGAGGAACCACCGGAAUCCUUGUUCAUGAAGGAGCUGAAGAGGAGAGGAAUGACUCCGACUUCAUUGCUUGAGGAUACCAAUAGAGGGAGUUAUGGAGUGGAGGAUAAGAUAAAGCUAGAGGAAGUAGGUAGAGGAUUUUCUAAAAGAAAUGUUGUCUCUACUGAAUUUGAUCAAAGCCUUUCUAAUCAGAGAGAGCGUUCCAUGGCAUUGAACAGUGAAGGCCUUGAGGGUUUAAUUCCUCGUGCUAAACUUUUGCUUACAAUUGGAGGAACCUUCUUCUUGGGGUUUUGGCCAUUGAUUCUCAUAACUGUGGCAUUCUUUUGUGCUCUCUACGUUUAUUUUGGACCAAACUUCGUCCAUGAUGCAAGCAAGGUGAAUGUCUCACCACCACCAUAUGUGGAUCCGUAUGAACUCCUGGAAGAUGAAAGAAUAUCACGAAUAGCUCCUAGUUUAAAAUGAAGUAUAUCUCUGUAACUUGUUUUCUUUUUCCCUUGUUAAUUCUUUGCCUAUGUAAAUACUUCAUAACUCUUAGAACAACUCAACAGCUUAAUGGUCAGCAUCUUUAAUGGUAUUUUCAGUCCA